AGAGGGAGAGAGAGAGAUAGAGAGAGAGAGAGAGAGAGAGAGAGAGAGAGAGAGAGAGAGAGAGAGAGAGAGAGAGAGAGAGAGAGAGAGAGAGAGAGAGGUGGUUUUUUGGGCCACAUGGCCUGGUUGUCAGUGAGAGUGUGUACUGCAACAGGCACACAGAGAGCCAAAGUGGUCGUGGACCUAAGGACUUCAAACUUGACCAUCGGAAGACAAACAAGGUGACUGGACCGGAUUAUAUUGGAUCAUUACAUGAUAUUACAUACUGGGAUUAUGACAGGAUGACGAUAACCCAGAGGUAAGUCACAGAUGAGAAUCUAUACUGUUCCGUCCAAGAGAAGAAAAGCUCUGACAGACUGAAAGAGUCCUCCAAAGAGGAACAGGUCGGCUCUUUUGAAUUCAACAGUUGGAUGUAAAUACUGGGUUUAAUGAAUGUCCAGUAUUCAAAGACUCAAGAAAUACAUAUAUUAUGUGUCAAUUUUCUAAGGAUUCAAAUAUGUAUCAUAGGACUGAAGAAAUAUAUAUAUAAAGACACGAGAAAUAUAUGGACUCAAGAAGAUAUUCUGACUACACAAGAAAUAUAUGGACUCAAGAAGAUAUUCUGACUACACAAGAAAUAUAUGGACUCAAGAAGAUAUUCUGACUACACAAGAAAUAUAUGGACUUAAGAAGAUAUUCUGACUACACAAGAAAUAUAUGGACUCAAGAAGAUAUUCUGACUACACAAGAAAUAUAUGGACUCAAGAAGAUAUUCUGACUACACAAGAAAUAUAUGGACUCAAGAAGAUAUUCUGACUACACAAGAAAUAUAUGGACUCAAGAAGAUAUUCUGACUACACAAGAAAUAUAUGGACUCAAGAAGAUAUUCUGACUACACAAGAAAUAUAUGGACUCAAGAAGAUAUUCUGACUACACAAGAAAUAUAUGGACUCAAGAAGAUAUUCUGACUACAGUGUGUCCGUUUGAUGUGUCUGAACAGUGGAUCAGUCUGAGCUUCUCUACACACACGUGAUCCAGAGAGCGUUUCAGCCACGAGGGACGGCUGCGUUCUGACCUGUUUUCUUUGUGACAUACCAUGAGUCGCCGACACAUAAAUAGAGGCCCAGAAAAUACCCAGAGUCCCUAGCGUCCCGGCAGAAACAGCAGAGCGAGAAGCAACCACGCACACUCACGCACAAACACACCUGGUUCAUGAGUCGAUACAUUCAAGACUUGCUUUGUGUCGUGACGUUUUCCACUUCAUCCUACUCCAGUAUAGGACAGACACCCCCUUAACCCACAAACUCUCACCUCUGACCUCUAACCCUUGACCUCUGACCCCUGAUCUCUGAACCCUGACUCCUGACUAUGAGCCCUCAGGGGGGUCAGUACCUCAACAAGGCAGCGGUCUUCUCCUCGCUUGGCGCCGCCCGCCUCUCCCAGCUGGCCCUGGGCUGCUCAGUGGUUGCCAUGGUGAGCCACAGUGCGGGCUAUAGCGGCGGGUCGUACGGCGUGUUCUGCAUGGCGGUGUGGUGCGCGUGCUUCGCCAUGACGACGGUGGUGUUCUUCCUGGACGCCACCCGUCUCCACGCCUGUCUGCCCGUCUCCUGGGAUAACCUGACGGUGGCAUUCGCCGCCCUGGCGACCCUCAUGUAUGUGACAGCCUCGGUGGUUUACCCAGUCUACUUUGUCAGAGCAGAGUGCCCCUACGGAGGCUGUGAGGUCCGGAACUUCCGCAUCGCCGUCACUGUCUGCUCCAUCACCGGCUCCCUGGCCUACGGCGCCGAGGUGAUCCUCUCGCGAGCCAAACCAGGCCGGGUCGUGGGCUACAUGGCAACCGUCUCUGGCCUCCUCAAGGUCGUCCAGGGCUUCGUGGCGUGCAUUAUCUUCGGAGCGCUGGCGAACGGGACCGAGUAUUCUCGUCACGUAGCGACGGUUUACUGCGUGGUCGUCUACGCCGUCUGCUUCGCCAUGACGACCGUCGUGGUUAUAUUGACCGUGUCCGGUCGCACCGGGUGUCUGAAGUUACCGUUCGACCGGUUUGUUGUGGUUUACACGCUCUUGGCGGUUCUUCUCUACCUCAGCGCCUCCGUCAUCUGGCCCGUGUUCUGCUUCGACAGGAAGUACGGAUUGCCAGAGCGCCCGUCGUCAUGCCCGCGGGGCCGGUGUCCGUGGGAUAGUAAGGUGGUCGUUGCAGUGUUUAGCUUCGUCAACCUGGCGCUGUACGUCGCCGACCUGGUGUACUCACAACGGAUACGUUUCGUAACCCAGCAACCACGGGUGUAGAGCAGAAUGGGACGGAACAGAACAGAAUGGGAUACAACGUUAUUGUACAGCCAGAAGUGAACAUUCACACAAAGACAAUAUGCCUCAACCACUGGUGAGGUGUAGAAUAGGAGGAGGAGUAACUACUGAGUCAGAGAGAAAGGGGCGUCGACUAUUCAUCAAUCAAUCAAAUGUAUUUAUAAAGCCAUUUCUACAUCAGCUGAUGUCUCAAAGUGUUUAUACAGAAACUCAGCCUAAAACCCCAAACAGCAAGAUGCAGAUGUAGAAGCACGGUGGCUAGGAAAAACUCCUUAAAAAGGUCAGAACCUAGGAAGAGACCUAGAGAGGAACCAGACUCUGAGGGGUCAGUCCUCUUCUGGCUGUGCCGGGUGGAGAUUGUAACAGUACAAGGCCAUUAAGGCUUUUGAUUGAGUACAUCACCUACUUGCAUGAAUGUGUCACCCUCUUCUAAUGAUGGACUUACAUCUCACAACCAUGUAACCAUUGAGAUAUAAAAUAUUCUUAUUCAAUCUUUAUGCACAUAACAGCCAGCUAACCCUGCUACGAAACCCCAUUCGGGUGACACUCAGUAACUGACCCCUCUCACACCACUCUAGAUAUGAUGGGGGAUGGAUGACAUCACUAAACAUGACAUCACUGACUAACACAAUCCCACUGACUAAGAACCCCCCCUCUCUUCCUGGGGUGUGAGGGGAGAGUGUGGCCUCUGUAGCAGCCAGCUGGUUGGGGCUUCUCUGUCAGCAGAACCAGAAGGAGAGGAACAGCACGGAAUCUGACCAGCUCAUCACACUCUCACUGGGGUCUGCACAUUUACAUGGAGUCCCCCACCCUCUCUCUGUCUCUGUCUCUCUGUCUUUCUCUCUGUCUCUCUCUCUUUCUCUCUGUCUUUCUCUCUCUCUCUCUCUCUCUCUCUGUCUCUCUGUCUCUUACUGUCUCCCCCUUCUCUAUGUCUCUCUGUCUCUGUCUCUUACUGUCUCCCCCACCCUCUCUCUGUCUCUCUGUCUUUCUCUCUGUCUCUCUCUCUUUCUCUCUGUCUCUCUCUCUCUCUCUCUCUCUCUCUCUCUCUCUCUCUCUCUCUCUCUCUCUCUCUCUCUCUCUCUUUCUGUCUCCCCCUUCUCUCUGUCUCUUACUGUCUCCCCCCUUCUCUCUGUCUCUCUCUCUUUCUCUCUGUCUCUUACUGUCUCCCUCUCUCUCUCUCUGUCUUUCUCUCUCUCUCUCUCUCUCUCUCUCUCUCUCUCUCUCUCUCUCUCUCUCUCUCUCUCUCUCUCUCU